GCUUCCGGAGCUGUCCCGGUGUGAGGAGCGUCCGCUGCUCCUGGCGCCCUUCGCCGUCGCGGGCCGCGGUCACUGAGGAUGAGUUCGUGCGCGGCCGUGCGCGCGCCCCGCCGAGAGCACCGGCGCACUUUCAUCUAGCGACCGGUCACCCUCGCAAUUAUGGAUAUUUGAAAGAAUCAGCCUGUGUGGAGGGGGGAGUUCCCCUCUUCACUCCCCCUUGGUGCUUGACUCUAGGAAUAAUUUAUAAACUGGGAUUUUUUUUUUUAAAGUGAAGAACUUGUAUUUGAUAUGACUUUAUAGAACUAUUUAUAAUUUUCGAUUUCAGUGCCAAAAGAUUAUACAAAGAUACAUAGUUUUAUACUAUUGUUGUGACUAUUUAAAUUGUAUUCCCAAAGGGUCAUUUCUUCUCCAUAAUUCUUGCAUAGCACCUUUGUGUCUGGAUUUUUCAUUUUUUAAAAUUAGUCUUCAGUGUAUAUUCUGAAGAACUAAGCAUUGUUAAAACAGGUAGGAUGAAUUCUGUCAUCCCUGACUGCACGUCAAAAUGUCGUUCCCUGAAGCAUGCCCUGGAUGUCCUUGCUGUGGUGACAAAGGGAAAUGACAACCAGAUCAAGACCUUUCUGUGCAGUCACUGUUACAAUGCUGCUACCAUCAGAGAUGCCUUUGGCAGGAAUGCCCUCCACCUGGUUUCCUCCUGUGGAAAGAAGGCAGUGUUGGACUGGCUAAUUGAGAAGGGGGUGGACCUGCUGGUGAAGGACAAGGAGUCUGGCUGGACGGCAUUGCAUAGAAGCAUUUUUUAUGGACAUAUUGAUUGUGUUUGGUCUCUGCUGAAGCAUGGUGUCAGUCUGUAUUUACAAGAUAAAGAAGGAUUGUCACCUUUGGAUCUUUUAAUGAAGGAUAGACCAACUCAUGUGGUAUUCAAAAAUACUGAUCCUACAGAGGUAUACACUUGGGGUGACAACACAAACUUCACCCUGGGUCAUGGAAGCCAGAACAGCAAGCAUCACCCAGAAUUGGUGGAUCUCUUUUCCAGGGGUGGCGUCUACAUCAAGCAGGUGGUGCUUUGCAAAUUUCAUUCAGUGUUCCUGUCUCAGAAAGGACAGGUAUACACCUGUGGUCAUGGUCCUGGAGGACGCUUAGGUCAUGGCGAUGAACAGACAUGCUUGGUUCCCAGGCUUGUGGAAGGACUGAGUGGUCAUAAUUGUUCCCAAGUAGCAGCAGCUAAGGAUCACACCGUUGUAUUAACGGAAGAUGGAUGUGUUUAUACCUUUGGUCUCAAUGUUUUUCACCAGUUAGGAAUUAUUCCUCCUCCUUCCAGUUGUAAUGUACCGAGACAGGUGCAGGCCAAGUAUCUGAAAGGAAGGACUGUUGCUGGAGUGGCAGCAGGCAGGUUUCAUACCGUGCUGUGGACUCGAGAAGCUGUUUAUACCAUGGGACUAAAUGGUGGACAGCUGGGUUACUUACUAGAUCCCAAUGGAGAGAAGUGUGUUGUCUGCCCUCGUCAAGUCUCUGCCCUCCAUCAUAAGGACAUCACUCUCUCCUUGGUUGCUGCAAGUGAUGGGGCCACCGUAUGUGUCACCACAAGGGGAGAUGUUUACUUACUUGCAGACUAUCAGUGCAAGAAGAUAGCGUCCAAACAACUGAAUUUGAAAAAAGUUCUUGUGUCUGGGGGCCACAUGGAAUACAAGGUUGAUCCUGAACAUUUGAAAGAAAAUGGGGGUCAGAAAAUCUGCAUUCUUGCAAUGGAUGGAGCUGGAAGGGUGUUUUGCUGGAGAUCAAUCAGCAGUUCUCUGAAGCAAUGUCGAUGGGCCUAUCCACGGCAGGUCUUAAUUUCUGAUAUUGCUUUAAAUAGAAAUGAAAUUCUGUUUGUCACACAGGAUGGGGAAGGAUUUAAAGGGAAAUGGUUUGAAGAAAAACGGAAGAAUUCUGAAAAGAAAGCAGAUAUUUUGUCAAACCUACAUCACACCUCAUCAGAUGUUUCUUGUGUCUCUGAUACAAAUAGUGUGUAUGAAAGAAUUCGACUUGAGAAACUUACUUUUGCCCAUAGAGCUGUUAGUGUCAGCACAGAUCCAAGUGGAUGCAACUUUGCAGUCCUACAGUCAGACCCUAAAACAAGCCUUUAUGAAAUUCCAGUUGUGUCUUCCUCAUCCUUUUUUGAAGAGUUUGGCCACCUUCUGAAGGAAACAGAUGAAAUGGACAGCAUUCAUGAUGUGACAUUUCACGUGGGCAAUAGACUCUUCCCCGCACAUAAGUACAUUUUGGCAGUGCGUUCUGACUUUUUCCAGAAGUUGUUUCUUUCAGAUGGCACCGCGUUAGAAUUUACAGAUAUUUACCGCAAAGAUGAAGAUUCAGCAGGAUGCCAUCUCUUUGUGGUGGAGAAAGUUCAUCCUGAUUUGUUUGAGUACCUUUUGCAGUUCAUGUACACAGAUACCUGUGACUUCUUAACUCAUGGCUUCAAACCAAGAAUACUGUUUAGCAGAAAGCCAGUAGAAUGUCAGGGCACCCUGAAUUCUCACAUGGAUAAGACAGACUGCCACGAGCAUGAUAAUCAGAAGUCCACGUUUGAGGUUUACAAAAGUAGUCCGUCUCAUACAGCUAGUGAGAAGCAAAAAAGCAAAUCCAAAUCUUCUAAGAAAGGCAAAGGUGUUGGUGAUGAUGACCCUGUAAGGAUGCUGCAAAGUGUGGCAAAGAAAUUUGGCCUUGGCAAUCUGAGUAGCAGGUUAGAUGGAGUCAGAUUUGAAAAUGAAAAAAUUAACGUUAUUGCCAAGAAAACUGGUAACAAACUGAAGCUGAAUCAGAAAAAAUGUUCAUUUCUUUGUGACGUUACCAUGAAAUCUGUGGAUGGAAAGGAAUUUCCUUGUCAUAAGUGUGUCCUCUGUGCUAGACUCGAAUAUUUUCAUAGCAUGCUGAGUAGCUCAUGGAUUGAGGCUUCCAGUUGUGCGGCUCUAGAAAUGCCAAUACGUUCUGAGAUUCUGAAAGUCAUCUUGGACUACCUCUAUACUGAUGAAGCUGUGGUGAUCAAAGAAUCUCAAAACGUGGACUUUAUUUGUAGUGUUCUUGUAGUGGCAGACCAGCUUCUCAUACCUCGGUUAAAGGAGAUGUGCGAAGUAGCAUUAACUGAAAAACUUACCCUUAAGAAUGCUGCUAUGCUGCUGGAGUUUGCAGCAAUGUACAAUGCUGAACAACUGAAACUGUCUUGCUUACAGUUUAUUGGACUGAAUAUGGCAGCUCUACUUGAAGCAAGGUCUCUUGAUGUUUUAAGUGAUGAUGUUUUGAAGGAUCUUUCUGUAUUUUACCGAAAAAUGAUUCCAGCAAUGGAGAGAAGAGUCAUUACUCCAUAUCAAGGUGGACCAGACAUUAGCUCUUUAGAAGUAGAAGACGGAGAUGUGUUUUUGAAAGAAGAAAUAAGUACUGAGCAAAAUUAUUUGGAAACUAUGUUUAAGAAGGCAAAAACAAAGGCUAGAAAGAAGCCCCGGAAGCGCUCAGAUAGUUCUGGAGGUUAUAACCUUUCAGAUAUUAUUCAGAGUCCACCAUCUACAGGAUUAUUGAAGUCUGGUAAGACCAAUUCUGUGGAAUCUUUUCCAGAACUAUUGACAUCAGAUUCUGAAGGAAGCUAUGCAGGAGUGGGUAGUCCCAGAGAUUUACAGUCCCCUGAUUUUACAGCAGGCUUGCAUUCAGAUAAGAUGGAGGGGAAAGCUAAACCAUAUGUGAAUGGCAUACCUCCUCCGUGUCCUAGGGAAGAUUUAAAGCUGUGGGAAAAAUCCCCCACAUUUAAGUCUGCUCCCCAGUGCAUCCCCAGUGACAGAGCUGAUGCUGCAGGUUCUUCCAGUUGGGCUGCUGGCUCUUGCAGUCCUGCUAGUCCUCCAGUUGUGGAUCUUAGAACCAUCAUGGAAAUAGAAGAAAGUCGACAAAGAUGUGGAGCAAUGCCAAAGUCAAAUUUAGGCAAAAUUAUUUCUCAUGGAGCUAAACUUUCUCAGAAGCAAAGAAAAAUGAUUGCAUUGACUACUAAAGAAAACAAUUCAGGAAUGAAUAGCAUGGAAACAGUUUUAACUACUCCUUCAAAAUCCCCCAAGCCAGUGAAUGCAUGGGCACCUUUUCUACAUUCAGCUUCAUCCACGUCUUUCCGGGAUUUCUUACAGGAAGAGAAAACAUCUAUGACCAGUCAUAGUUCAGCAGAUCAUGUCAAAAAAGUUUGUUAUAGAAGAACUGAAGAUUCUCAGACUCCAAAAGUUGUAAGCCCCUGGCUUUCUUCACUGACCGCAGCUCCCACUGCAGCGCCUGUGACAUUUGCGUCCAUCGUGGAGGAAGAGCUGCAGCAAGAAGCGGCUCUCAUCAGAAGUCGGGAAAAGCCCUUGGCCCUGAUUCAGGUUGAGGAGCGUGCGAUACAAGAUCUUCUGGUUUUCUAUGAGGCAUUUGGCAACCCAGAUGAGUUUGUUGUCGUUGAAAGAACACCACAGGGUCCCCUGGCCGUCCCUAUGUGGAACAAGCAUGGUUGCUAGCUGUCUGGAGUGUGAUGCAGCUCCUGGGAAGGUGACUGCUGUGCCAAAGGCUUCCUGAAGAUUUGGCAGCACAUCCUUCUCCUCAAAACAAGCAUGGCUGUACUUUGGUUGCUGCAGUUUGUUUAUAAUACCAGACUUUUGAUCUUAGUCACUUUCUGUGUGAAAUGUGUCAGAGGAAAAUCUUACUAGGUUAAGGAUAAAUAGGAUCCUUUCUUCCAAGUAAUCUUAAAAAGGAAAAGAUGAGUGAAGUGUAGGAUAGAAGAAUGAUUCAUUAAAAAUCCUAUUGUCAUUUUGCUUAUUAAUGUGACUUUCAUGAGCUAAAAGUAGGAGCCUCCAUCAUGACUUCUUACCCACUAAUUGCCAUAAUGUUGUUUUUGUCUCUUGUUGGCUUUUUCAUCAGGUUGUUCUGUAGUAGGUCUUUGUAAAGCUUGACCUGCUUGAGUGCCAUAUUCAAGUUUGAAAACCACAUUCAUCAUCUCUGUUGAGUUAAGUAUAGAGUGCAGCAGGAAGAAAAUAAGAAUCUUAGCUGUUCUGAUCAGUUUUAGUCCUAGAUAAUCUAUUUAGAAGACUUGGAAUCAAUGUGGAUUUUCAGUAUGGGGGAGGGGAAGACAUUAGAAAGCCUAAUUGUGAAAUAAUCUUUUAAGGUGUUAAAAUUUUCUAAUACAAAUGCUUAUACAUAGAAGAAUUGAUUAAUUUGGAAGAGAGUUGGUUUAAGAUUAUCUUUAAAUUAUUGUAUAACCAGCUGUUUUGUGAGCCUGAAUUGUAUGUGUACAUGUAAUAAUUGUAUACUGGGUUUUUUUUUUUAUCUU